AUGGCAGCUGACUACACCAACACGAGAAAAUCCAACACACAGAUCCUCCAAGAACUCGAGGCCCUGAGCGACUCCCUCUACCAAUCCCACACCACCACCCGGCGGACGGCCUCUCUCGUCCUCUCCCGCACAGCCAUUCAGACCGACACCAUAAAAGACGAAAAUGCCCUCAACCCUAGACAGCCCCGCCAGCGCCGCAUGUCCCUCUCCCCGUGGCGCUCCCGGCCGAAGCUCGAAACUGGACAGAGCUCGACAGACAAACCCACGGAGCAAGAACUGCCGCAAAAGAAAGGAAUUUGGAAUUGGAAGCCAAUUCGCGCCCUGUCCCACAUCGGAAUGCAAAAGCUGAGCUGUCUCUUCUCUGUCGAGGUUGUCACCGUACAAAACCUCCCAGCCUCGAUGAACGGCCUCCGCUUAUCCGUAUGCGUGCGUAAGAAGGAGAACAGGGACGGGGCCGUCCAGACGAUGCCUUCCCGUGUGUCCCAGGGGGCAGCCGAUUUCGAGGAGACGCUCUUUGUAAGAUGCCACGUGUACUACACACAAGGAAGCGGGACCCACAUGAAAUUCGAGUCCCGCCCGUUUCUCAUAUACGUGGUCGCAAUCGAUGCUGACGAAUUAGAUUUCGGUAAAAAUUCGGUGGAUCUGAGCCGGCUUAUACAGGAGUCGGUGGAGAAGAGCUUAGAAGGGAGCAGGAUGAGGCAGUGGGACCGGAGUUUUUGGCUCAUGGGAAAGGCCCGUGGGGGAGAGCUCGUCCUCAAGCUCGGGUUUCAGAUCAUGGAGAAGGAUGGAGGCACGGGGAUUUACAGCGGCCAUGGCUCCAAGCCAAAGAGCUCACCCUCGUUCGCUAGAAAACAUUCCAAGACUUCAUUCAGUGUGCCUAGCCCCAGGAUGAUGACAGCUACUGAUGGUAUGAACGAGAUGGACGAGCUGAACCUCGACGAGCCCUUGAAAAAAGGGGACGACCAGGAGUUAUUGCCGGAUUUCGAGGUGGUCGAUAAAGGCGUGGAGAUUGCCGUACGUGAAGAUGAAGAAGAAGAAGAUUCUGAAGAGAAAUCGGAAAAGAGCGCGGUCGUGAAGGAGGUCGUCGGGGACAAGACGCGCGUCACGCGUCUGACGGCACUCGACUCCAUCGCUCAGCAAAUCAAAGCCCUCGAGUCCCUCGUGGGAGACCACGCGCUCGACUCGGACGAAGACAAAGUCACCCGAGACUUUCUACAAAUGCUCGACGACAGCGACAAAGACAAAGACAGCAUCACCGAAAAGAAAAAGGCCGAGGAGAAGGAGAAUGAGUCGUUCCUACCCGACCUCAGAAAAGGGCUCGGAUGUGUGGUCCAGACGAGAAACGGCGGGUACUUAUUGGCCGCGAACCCUCUGGACGCCAGCGUGGCGCGCAAGGACGUGCCGAAACUCGCGCUGCAACUGUCUAGGCCAGUUGUCAUCCCGCGCUCGGGCGAGAUUGAGUUUGAGUUGUUCCGCGAGAUGGCCAGAGUCGGGCUCGAAGAACUCACCUCGCGGAUUACGGCACUGACGCCCCUCGAAGAGCUGCACGGGAAGACUGCGGAGCAGAUAGCCUUCGAGGGCAUAGCCUCGGCCAUCGUCACGGGACGGAACAAGGAGGAAGGCGCGAGCUCGAGCGCGGCCCGCUCGAUCGAGGCCGUGCGGGCCAUGGCCCGUGCGGCGAAUGCGGGCCGGAGGGAGAGGGUCUCGACCGGGAUAUGGAGCGUGGCCGAGGAGCCGCUCGCGGCGGACGAGGUUUUACCGUUUUCGUUGCAGAAAAUCGAGAGCGCGGCAUUGGAGGGGCUGAGAAUCCAGGCUGACGUGGCGGAGGAGGAUGCGCCGUUCGACGUGUCGGGAAAAUCGAGCGGCGCAGGGUUUUUGGAUUCGGUUGUUUCGGUGGAGGAGUGGGAGAAAAUGAACGGCCAGGAUGGAGGGGAUUUGUUGUUGACGGUGCAGAUGAGGGAUCCGGUGAGGGAAUAUGAGGCGGUGGGGGGACCAAUGAUGGUUGUGAUCCACGUGGCGUGUGUGGGUGGGAGAACUGAGGAGGAGCGGAAGUAUAGGGUGGGGAGUAUGGAGGUUGGAGGUGUUAAGGUGAGGACUGCGGGGAAAAUGAUGGGAUGGGACUCGGAGAAGCAGAGGAUUACGGCCCUGCAGUGGCUGCUGGCGCAUGGGAUGGGGAAGGGCGCGGGUAAGAAGGGGAGACGGGUCGGGUUGGGUAAAGGCCCGGAUCUGCUGUGGAGCGUCUCGUCACGUGUGAUGGCGGAUAUGUGGCUUAAGCCUAUAAGGAAUCCGGAUAUCAAGUUUGUGGCCGAGUGA